CAUGAAAACACUGGCAACCAUUUCAUGAUGGCGGACGCACUGGGCGUAGAGGUUCUGAAACUUGUAAACGAAUAUGUAGUUAUAGAUACUGUUAAAAUAGCCUCACUUCUGGAAAAAGACCAUCAGCAGAUAGUUGGAGCAGUAAAUAGUCUUAGAUCUCUCGGAGAUGUCAUUCAAACAGAGCAAGUUUCCAACAAACAUUGGCAAUUGACUGAGGAAGGAAAGUUGUUCUUGGAACAUGGCAGCCAUGAAGCCUGUGUCUUUGAAGCUGUUUCAGCAGAGGAAGGAAUGUUACAAGAAGAACUCAUGAAAACAUCUCCAAAUGCAAAGAUAGGGUUUAGCAAAGCAAUGUCUGCCGGUUGGUUGAUAAUGGACAAAAAAGCUGAAGGAGGGCCUAGAGUUAAAAGAAAGGUUACCUCAAUAGAAGACAUAGCAAAAGAACAGGUGAUGAAAGUCCAAGCAGGAGGAAUUGAUUCGAUUCCAGAUAAAGAAAGAAAUGAGUUGAAGAAAAGGAAACUAAUUAUGGAAGUAGUUGUUAAGAGUUUCAAAGUAUCAAAGGGUGUGAACUUCUGUCUCUCAGUCAGCAAGUUGGAAACCGAUUUAACACCAGAGAUGCUCUCCAGUGGUUCGUGGAAGGAGCAGAAUUUUAAAGCCUAUAAUUUCAAUGCAAUGGGAGUCAUGCCAGUGUCGGGGCAUCUUCAUCCUCUUAUGAAAGUGCGAGCUGAGUUCCGACAAAUCUUUUUAGAAAUGGGAUUCACGGAAAUGCCGACGAAUAAUUAUGUUGAGAGUUCCUUCUGGAAUUUUGAUGCCCUUUUUCAGCCGCAGCAACAUCCUGCAAGGGAUGCCCAUGACACAUUUUUUAUCCAAGAUCCAAUGUAUGCCACAGAAUUCCCGAUGGAUUACCUGGAGAGGGUAAAAAAAGUCCACUCGGAAGGAGGCUUUGGCUCACAAGGAUAUAAGUAUGACUGGAAUAUAGAAGAGGCAAAGAAGAACCUUCUUCGUACACACACUACCGCUGUCAGUGCUCGAAUGCUGUAUAAACUAGCUCAGUUGGAAGAAUUUCACCCUGUGAAGUAUUUCUCAAUUGACCGUGUGUUCCGGAAUGAGACACUGGAUGCGACUCACUUGGCUGAGUUUCACCAGAUAGAGGGCGUUGUUGCUGACUAUGACCUUUCCUUGGCAGACUUGAUUGGUGUUUUGCAUGAAUUUUUUAACAAACUAGACCAACAAUGAUUAAGUAUGGAAUUGACAACAUCCGGGAACUAGUUGGCCAUAAGGUGAACCUGCAGAUGGUACAUGACAAUGCUAUAUGCCGACUGGACAAAGGAAAUAAAUAACACAUUUUAUAAUGUACUAAAAUAUCACCAAUUGUUAGGAAUUCAUUUUGCAUUCAACUUAACGAGCGGUUUUGGGGGAAUUUUUCUAUUUUUAAAAUUAAUGUUUAAGUAUUGAAAUUAAAUAUGCAUAGCUGUUAAGCGGGCACAGUGUGAGUGGAUCGUCAUUGAAAUAUUUCUGUUGCAUGUCGUCGCAGUUCGGGGUGUCCAUGAAAUACGCAGCCAAUAUAAAGUGCAUGCCCAUCUUUAAAGAUAGACUCUACUGUCAUAAAAUUUAACAUUAAUAACUUGAUCAUGUGAUAAUGUUGUGGUUCAUUGUAUAUUAACAAUCAUUGAGGAUGUCAAAAAAUUUAGUGGGAGUGGUUGGCAUAGCUGUUCUUCCCAACCUUGAGGUCAAAGGUUUGAAUGCUCUGAUUACUACCUGCAAUAUCAUGGGGUCUCUCCGGGAGCUGAAUAUGUGUUCCAUAGUGUGUGAUCCAAUGAUUAGGGGGUAAUAAUGUAAACCCAUAGAGGCCUUGGGUUGAUGUGCUGUAUAGAUAAACUUAUUAUUGUUAUGAUGCUUUUAUUUAUUAUUAUUAUUAUUAUUAUUG